AUGGGAAACAAAAAUUAAUUUAGUAGCAAAAAGAAAUUAUAAAACUUAGAGGAAGACAUUCUUAAGGAUUUCUUAAAGAAAAAUAAGUAUGAAUAUGUAUAUGAUAUAGAAAAAAAAUAAUCCUCCUAAGUGGUUUUAGCAUUUUAAAUAAAAAAAAAAUGCUAUCAUGCAAUAAAGAUUUAUAUAAAAUCAGAUCUAGCAUCUCUUGAAAAAUUUGGGAAACAAAUAAAGAUAUUCAAAUAAUUUAAGAAUGAAAAAUAUAUCUUAUAGUUGAUUAAAUCUUUUAAAGAUGACUCAAAUGGACUAGUAGCCCUAGCUAUGGAGUUUUGUGAUGGUAACUUGACUGAUGUUUUAAGUUAAAACGAUUUAGAUAUCUUAUAGAUCUAAGCGAUGACAUAUCAAAUACUAUAAGGUUUACUUAAAAUCUAUAAAUAAGGAAAUAUCCAUGGAAAUAUUAAACCUAGCAACAUCCUAUACAGCAAAUUUAAGAAUCAAUUUUUGAUAGCAGAUUUAGGAUUAUCUAAGAAUGAUGAAGAACUUAAUAUUUAACAAAGUGUAAAUAAUAUUUAUUAAACAUACGAUUAUAACAUGCCUAUUAAAGAAGUAGCUGGCUCAGAAGAAUCAAACUCAAUAAAAGUAAGCUUGCAGAUUUAUCUUGUUAAUAUAAGAAAUAUAAUUAAUUUAACUUAAUAAAAGGGAGAUGUUUUUUCUUUAGGGCUAUUAUUAAUUGAAGUUUUUCUCAAAAGACCUCUUACUCAAUAAGAAUAAAUAGAUUUGAAUGUAAAAAAUAUAUUCUCUGUCCUUCCUACUCUAAAAAACUCUAGACAUAUUAAAUUUAUCUAAAAAAUAAUUUCCCCAAUGGUAGAUCCAUGCAGAUAAACUAAAAUUGAACCAACCUUAUUACUAUAAAAUUUGAAAGAAUUUUAUAUAAAUGAAGAGUGCUUAAAAUAAAUCAAAUUAUUAUAAAAUCACAGAAAGUUUCACACAAAUUAUAUUGAUGAUAUUUUAAAAGGAAUUCACUACGAAAUUCUUUCGAUCAAUCUUGUUUGGAAUGAUUUUGUAUCAGAUGGUCCUAAAUAAAUUGCAUUAAACUUAGAAAAAUGUCAUAAUAUUAGUUAAUUGACAUUAAAUCUUUCUUAUAACUCUAUUAAUGAAGAAGGAGCCAAAUAUAUUUGUACUGGUAUUUCAAAGUGUUAAAAUAUUACAUCCUUGAACCUUAAUUUAUUUAAGAAUAAGAUUUGUGCAAAAGCAGCAAAGCAUAUUGGUACUAUUUUAGAAAAAUGUCAACAAAUUACACAAUUAGAAAUUAAUCUGGGCCUCAAUAAAAUUUGUGCAGAUGGAGCUUAAUCAAUUCUAAUUUAUUUAGAAAGAUGUCGAAACAUUUCUACUUUGAAUCUGAAUUUUAAUGACAAUAACCUUAAUAAAGAAGGAUCGAUAAUCAUAGGAAAAAGCUUCUAAAGAUUGUAAAAUAUAGUAUUUUUAAGCUUAAAUCUAAGCAACAACAAUAUCAAAGCAGAAGGAGCAAAAAAAAUUCUAAAUAGCUUGCAAAAAUGCUAAAAUCUAGAAAUUUUAAAUCUCUAAUUGAGUAAUAAUAGCAUCUAAGAGGAUGGAGAAGAAACUAUUUUGGAAACAAACACAAAUGUAGAAACAAAACUCAAAAAUUUGAACAUUGAUUUUUCAAAUAACGAAAUUGGCAUUAGAAUGGCAAACAAUAUAGGUAUUAAUUUACAAAUGUAUCAAAACUUAUCUUAUUUGAGUCUCAACCUCGAGUAAAAUUAACUCAAUGAAGAAUCAGUUAAAAAUAUUUCAAAUGGAAUCGCAAAAUGCUAAAAGAUAACUAAUUUAAAUCUUAGCUUAACUUAGAAUUCUCUUCUUGCAGAUGGAGCUAGGAUUAUAGGAGAAAGCGUUGAAAAGCUCCAUAAAAUUUCUAGUUUAAAUCUCAAUCUUUUUAAGAUAGAUGUUAUAGAAGAAGGAACAAGAUAUAUAGGAAAUAGUUUGAAAAAGUGUAAGAACAUUUCAUAUUUAAAUCUUGAUUUUGCCCAAACUGAAAUGGAUUUAGAAGGCUUAAAAAAUAUUGGAAAAAACUUAUAAAAUUGUCAAAAAAUAUAUUUUUUGAAAAUGAAUCUAAAGGAAUGCUUUUACUUCCAAAAAUAAUCAAACCUAAAAUAACAUUUAAAGAAAAUGAAAAGAUUGGUAGAAAUGUAAAUAGAUCACAUUUAAUGA